CGUGAUCUUCAAAGCUAACUUUAUAGGAAAAGGUCGCGUAUUUGACUUGGCAAUAUAUAGAAUUUUCUUUAUUUGAAGACGGUGAAGGUCAAUUCUCGAUAAUAUGCUUUCUAUAUCCCGCAUGAACAGAGUGCUGGUGAGGCAGUUUACACUAGCGAGAAGGCUUCUUCAACGAACUCCAAUUGAAGAGUAUAACUACAAAGUCGAGAAGGGGUCACUCCGAGACGAUCCAUACCAGCGUAAAACCAUUACCAGUUUAUCUAGUCUUCAUGAACGUUUAACUACAUACCAGCCGCCUGAUGUUGGGGUGCCAGACAUUGAGAAUCUUAAGCCCAAAUCAGGAUUCAUGAAAUUCUUUUCCUUCGGAUCGCUGCAAAAGACUCCCACUGGGAAUGUUAAUGGAGAUAUGAAGGGUAUAUACCUUUAUGGGGAUGUUGGAUGUGGAAAGACAAUGCUUAUGGACCUUUUUUAUUCCACAAUUCCUUCACAUCUUGCUAAAAGAAGAAUUCAUUUCCAUCAAUUCAUGCAAUACCUUCAUAAGAGAUCGCAUCUGUUAAAAGUUGAACAUAAUCAUUGGGAUUUAGAUGUGAUCCCGAUCUUGGCAAGUGAGAUUUCAAGAGAAUCUACCAUCUUAUGCUUUGAUGAAUUUCAAGUUACCGAUGUGGCAGAUGCCAUGCUUUUAAGAAGGUUAUUAGCACUUAUCCUUUCUCCAGAAUAUGGAGUUGUUCUCUUUGCCACAUCCAAUAGAGCUCCAGAUGACCUCUACAUGAAUGGUAUUCAAAGAGUUUCAUUUAUUCCAUGUAUCCAACAAAUUAAGAAACAAACCAAAGUCAUUUAUUUGAAUAGUCCUACGGAUUAUAGGAAAGUACCUAAACCAUUGUCAUCAGUAUAUUAUAGCCCUAAACCGGGAAUUGGAUACAAUUCCAAAUCGUGUGUUUCACAAAGAAAAAAACAUGUAGAACAAUGGUACACAUAUUUUAGUGAAGGAGUACCAGUUGAAACUGAUGUUUCAUUAGAAAUUUGGGGUAGAAAACUUCAUGUUCCUAAAUGUUCUCCUCCACACGUUGCACAAUUUACUUUUGAAGAAUUAUGUGGGAAACCAUUGGCAGCAGGGGAUUACUUACAAUUGGCCAAUUCAUUCAAAUGUUUUAUUGUUACCGAUAUCCCAUAUUUAAGUAUCAAUGUUAGAGAUAGAGUAAGAAGGUUUAUUACCUUUUUAGAUGCAACUUAUGAUGCAGGUGGAAAGCUUGCAGUUACAUCAGCAGCUCCUUUCCAAGAUUUGUUCGUUGAACCAGAAGAUAUAUUAAGUGACGAGUUUCAACUUUAUCAGAAAGAACGUAAAAAGAGUAAAGGUGAAAUAACAGAUGAAGAUGAAGAUGAAUUGGUCACCAAGCAUGGUUUCACUAAGGAAAUAGCGAAAAAGGCAAACAUGUUUGCCAAUGACGAAGAAAAGUUUGCAUUCGCAAGAGCGUUAUCAAGAUUAUCACAAAUGAGUACCCAAGAUUGGGUAGAUCAGUAAACGAACC